GGUCUCUUGUCAUCAGAAGAGAACGAUGAAUUAGGAAGAAACGACUCAAAUCAAGUAAAUUCUCGAACUUUUACCAACUUUAGGUGUAAUUAGAUGAUGCCAUACGCUCUCUUAAGAAUACUUGCUGGAUGGAGUUUUGUUCUCUGUAAGAUCUAAGACGUUCUUUCCGUUAAAAAUUUGAACUAAGCAAGAGUUUAGCCCUUAAAGGAGUCAUCGGCUAAGCAAGAGUUUAGCCCAUGGAAGAGUCAUUGGCCUGCAAAAUUUUAAAGUUUGAUUUGUCGUCUUAUUUUAGAUGGAGAGUACAAACGAUAAAAUAGAGAAAAACUGGGAGUAUUUGAAAAAAGAGGUAAGGAAUUAUUUGAAAGUUUAGUUCUUCUGAUUUUUAACAGAAUUACGUAGCACGAAAUUAAAACGGACUUAACUUCAUCAAUAAACAGCACCACCAAUUGCAAGUGAGAAAGCAGGAGCUCGAAAAAGAAAAGAAGAGUAUGACAAAACAACUUCAAGAUAGUUUAGAAGAGGUUGGUAACUAAUUUUAAUUUCUUAUGAGCAGCUAGUUGGAUAUCUGAUUUUCUUUACGUUUCCAACCAGCAUGGUUACGAACCAUUUCUUGUUAAACAACGGAUACUUUAUCUGAUAAUUUCCCGCUGAUAGACACAAAACCAAAAAGUUUAUUUUCCUUUAUGUUGUUUAAUAAACAGAACCAGAAAUUAAGCACAAGAAUUCAAGAACUGGAGGAAGAACUGUCCAGAGUACAUCAAUGGCUUCACGAAAAUUCCCAAGAGGUUGGUAACCACAUUUUCUUCUCUGUUCUUGCUUCUAAGAAAACCUUCCCAUUCCAAUAUAAUUGGGAUGAAUUUCCACAUUUUCUGUUUGCUCUGUUCUUUUUUUCUGAACUUUUAUCUUUUGAUUUCAUCUAUAUCAGGGUCAAGAGUAAAGACCAGAGGUUUGAAACUGGAAGCAAGUCAUUCCACAUCAGACAUAGUUUUGAUGAUGAAUUUCCAAUGUAACCGAUUUUCUGACACUAAUCAAUUGAACGCAACAAGAGGUCCUUUUAAAAAGCGGCCUUUCUUCUGACGAGAUGUAAUUAGGCGUCAACAAACCGCCAAAUUUAAAGGAGCAUUUCUGAACGCCGAUUAGUAGUGAUUUUUAUUUCCCAUCCCAAUUGUAUGGUUGGUUAAAGGGGUAAGUUUCUAAAGAAACCGUGGUGCUGCGUCGGUGGGAAGAGGUGGAAGAAAACCAGAGGUUUGAAAGGUCUGAAAGGGCUAACGCUCGAAACGACGGUGGCUAAUUUACGUUUUCAACCCAGUUGAAUAAAUUAGAAGGUUGGUUAGGCAUGUAUGUCAUAAAGCUGAAUUUUCCUUUUAGGCAAAUUUUGGUUCUUUUAACCGUGUACCAAACUGACGUUUGGUCUGUCCGAUGUAUUCGUUGUCACAGUCAUUGUAAGGAAUAGAAUAAAUGGCGUCGGUUCGUUGUUCUUUCGUGACAGGAUCCUUAGGUUUGGCGAAAAUAUGCCCCAAAGUCUGAAAAGGUUUUUGAGCACCUUUAACGUUGUAACGUUGGUAGGCACAUGUUACUUAAUCUAUGUUGAACGCCAUAGAAAUAGCUCAUAUUUCCCAAGCGAAAAUGUAAAAAAAGUAGCGAUGAAAUAUUUCGCAAGAAUUAAAAAUCAUAAUGAUUUUUUUGCAAUUUUUUCCGUUUGGGUAUGGCCUUACUUUUUAAGAAAUUUCCUUAGCCGAUUUACAAGAAUGGUGCGGUUUUCCGCUUAUUCCCGAAUCACUUGCAUGAAAACAAGAGCCAUUACUCAUUACUUAAUGGGCUCCUGGUAAUAGAGAUAACUAUUGUCAGCUGUUGCGAGCGGCGUGUCUUGUUGAGGGUUUUUGCACAACCUAAUAAUUAUAUAGUUUUUACAGAAAUUAAACCUGCUAUGCAUUAAUUAUAACUCAAUUGCCUUUCUUUUUCUUCUGAUGACAAGGAGAGUUUUGUAUACUUUUGCAGGAUUUUGGCGAGAACUUCGAUAAUUCUGUCCGAGAGGAAGAUUCAGAGGAUACCAGAAAUUCUCUCGCACCUGAUCGAGGAGUUACAGAGGGUAAAAUCGACGAAAAGCUGAAAGACCUCAACGACCUCCUUUGUAGAAAUGUAACAUCUCUUUUGCAAGAGCUAGAAAGAAAGGAAGACAAACUGAAAGUUUCUGUCAAGCUCGCACUUUUAACGAGACUCAGUAUAAGUCUACAGGAGUUAUACACCUCAGUCCUCUCCAUGGUGGCCGAGUGUUGUAAAUGCAGUGAGGAGGUGAAACGAGAGUUUUACGACUUUGCAUAUCACGGUCUAAGAGCAGAACACAACGAUGUGUUACAUCGAGUUGAGGAUUUGGCAACGGAACAAGAAAUAAUGACCGCCGAAGAAAAAAAGGAAUUUGGUAAACUCCAACAAUUUCAGACCAAUCGACAGAGACAGGUUGAUAGGCUGGAAAACCUGUGGAUAGGUCUUUUCUCACUGGUAAUAAUGCCUGUUAUUCUUUGA